UUGCAGCGAGAGACUGCGGUGCUGGCCCAUUCAUUGCCAUAAGGUCGAUACGGAGCCCAGUACCGGCGCGUCUGCCUUCGUGCGCGGAUGUAUCGUGUUUUAACAUUCAUUCGCGCUGCUGACUGCUUCAUCGCCGCGAUCGUUUCCUAUUGACAAUUAGAGCUUUUAUUUAUAAACAAAUAUUGUUUAUCUCCUGUAAAAACGAUUAAUUCGUAAUUAAUCCUUGGUUUACUACGUUAUAUACAUUGGAAGAGUUAUGUUUUUGAUUGUAGAGUGAUUUGUUUUGGUUAAUGUUUAUACUGAAAGGUGAAAGCGCACGUGCCGUUUUGAGAAGACAAGGGUUAAAUUAAAAAUAAAACAAUGUAAUAGACAAAGUUGUAAAUGAUUUUGUGAUAGUGAAAAAUUAAAAAAUAUAUCAAAAUGGGUAGAAGAAACGUCAGUGCUUUGAGGCUAGGGCGAUGCGUUGCGUUCUUAGCCGCAGCUGCCUUCCUGUUACCGUUCUCCAUCCUUCUAAUGGUAGCUGAUCAGCAGUACAAUCUGACGUACAACUCCAAACGAGUCUUCUAUCAAGAGAGUGACUUCUAUAAAAUAAACGGAACAUAUUUUCCGCCCACAUUUUUACGGACACAGUACAUGUUCGAAAAUGGAACCCAUGACGAAGGAUUGCUUCAUCGCGAGAAGUUUCUAGAAGUGGGCAACAGGAUGGAGGCCAGAAGAGAUUAUUUACGAAGUGAAUGUUCAAAACACGGUCUCGACAGUUCGAGCCAUAAGGCGUACGCGUGGGAAUAUCUCAUCAACCGGCAGUACCAUGUUAUAUGGUGCAACAUCUUCAAAGCCGCAUCAACAUCUUGGAUGUACAACUUUAAUUUAAUGGCAAACUAUACAGCUACCUUCCUCGAUAAAACAAAGGAAGUUCCACUUGAAUUAGCCAGGAAGAAAUACGCAAGGCCUACAGUAGAAAUGAUAAGGAAGGCCCAAGGGGAUUCCAUUACAUUCUUGAUCGUGAGACACCCCCUUGAGAGGUUGGCGUCAGCCUACAACGACAAAAUCGUACAUGCCUGGCCUAAGUCAUUCCACGACCAGAUGGGACGUAGAAUAAUUAAAAAAUAUAGAAAAUCAAGCGUCAAACCCGUACCAACGGAAAGGUAUCCCGUCUUCGAAGAGUUCGUAUCUUACGUGCUGGACGAAGCGAAGGUGAAGAGGACGUUGGACAUGCACUGGACGCCGUACACCGACUUCUGCACACCUUGCAAGUUUAAUUUCGAUGUCAUUCUCAAAUUUGAAACAUUAGAUGAAGACCAAAGGUUCCUCAUCCAAAUGGCUCGUCUCCAAGAGAUUAUCAAACCUGAAUGGCGCAAUAGCGGCAAGGGAACCAACACAUUGCACAAUAUUAACCAUUUAUAUUCGCGCCUAAAAAAAUCACAACUGGAUGGUCUUUAUAAUCUGUACAAAUACGACUUCCAAUUAUUCAACUAUACCAUAGACAACUACUAUGAAAUAAUAAAAAAAGACGAUGACAGUAACCAUGGAUGAGCGCCAAAGACAUCAACAUAAAUUGAAUGCUUUAUUUUAUCGCUACAUUAGCGCGACAAGAUGAUUGAUGGAGAAAAAAAAUAUCGGAAAGACUGAUUGUAGAGGGAAAUAGUAUAAAGGCCAAUUUAUUGAUCCAUUGCUACCAAUUUAUUUGCGUAAGAUUUAUAUUUUAUUUAGUAAGGUAAUGAAAACAUUACGUUUUGAUUUUUGUUGUAAUAUAUAAAACUGUCUUAUUUGAGUUUAAAAAAAUAAAUAAUUGUUAUUUUCUAUCAAAUAAUAUUCGUAAAAUGUACAUAGAUUAAUAUAUUUCUGUUUUAUUUAAUUAAAUAUUUUAGCCACGCGGCUAUACUUUGUGAUAUCCUGUUAGCAAAUCCGGUUUUCUUAUAUAAACCAAUAAUAGAUUCAGUUAUCUAUCACUGAAAAUCACAGUUCUAUAUUUGAAUUAUUAAUACAGAGUAUAAACAAACAAAAUGGAAAACUUUUUUUACAUAUCUUAUUCUUGUACUAAAUCAUAAUUAUAAAUUCUUAAUCCAUGAAUUAAAAAUUACUCUAUAAAAGAAGAUUAUGUAUAGAAAUAUACCUAUAAGUUGGAUUUUGUUUAAACUUUGUACUGCAAUCUGUUCAAAUGGAGUCUAAACUCAACUGUUGUAAAAUACAUAAACAUGAAUGCAAGGAAAUUGUUUGUACAUAUUUGACAACUGAUAAAUUAGUUACAAUUAUGUAAAAUUACUUAUUAGCUGAUAUAGAUGAUAUGGGUAUUAGAGAAUAAUAUAUUUGAAAAUAUAAUAAUCUAUUUUAUUAUAUUAAAAGAUUUAUUAGUGCUUCCGAAUACGUAGAUUUAUUAGUCAUUUUUAUGAAAGUAAUGUGCUAUAGGCCAAUGUAGUUUUUGUAAAAUAAGGUAAAAAAAUGUUACCAACCCAAAUGCUUAUUACGCGGAUAAAUAGUGUAGUUUAAAGUAUUUGUAGGUAAUUGUCAUUUUAUUAUGGGUAAAUGUAUUAUUAAAAUCUAAAAGUUGUCGCUUCCUUUACGGCUGACAAGAGACAAGUCAGUUUAAUAUGAAUUCAAAUU